AGCGGCGAAUUCAAAGCUCACUGAAGGCUGGAGGCGGAAGAGCGGGAGCUCGCCGUCGGCAGGAUGGAGGUGGCGGAAGACGGGGUGCGGGGCCCCGCGCUAGAGGCCUUGGGCAAGCUGGCACACAUCCUGGAGCCUACAGGCCUGCAAGAGGAGGCAGAGCUGCCGGCCCAGCUCCUGGCGGAGUUUGUGAUGGACUCCCGGAAGAAAGACAAGCUGCUGUGCAGCCAGCUGCAGGUGGUAGACUUCCUGCAGAACUUCCUGGCUCGGGAGGACACUGCCCAGGGACCAGAGCCCUUGGCUUCUGAAGACGCCAGCCGGCAGAAGGCAAUCGCUGCCAAGGAGCAGUGGAAAGAACUGAAGGCCACCUACCAAGAGCAUGUGGAGGCCAUCACCAGGGCCCUGAGCCUGGCCCUGCCCAGGAUGGAGGAGGCCCAGAGGAAGCGGGCGCAGCUCCAGGAAGCCCUUGAAGAGCUCCAGGCCAAGAAGCAAGCAGCCAUGGAGAAGCUGAGAACAGCCCAGGAGCAGUGGCGGCUGCACCAGGAGAAGCGUCUGCAGCAGCUGGCGGAAGCUUCUGCGGAGGUGAGGCUGCGGCAGACGGGGGCCCAGCAGGAGCUCCGGCGACUGCAUCAGGAGCUUGGAGCCCUACGGCAGCAGGCCGGGCAGGAGCGGGACAGGCUCCAGAGGCACCAGACCUUCCUCCAGCUGCUGCACACCCUGCAGGGUCAGCUGCCGUUUCCCGAGGCAGAGACGGAGCCCCCACGGAAGCUGGACCCUGCUGAGGAUGAGCCCCAGCAGCGGAACACCGGGGAUGCCGUGGGGAGAGACGGGGCCGGGCCAUCCGAGGCUGACGGCCCACCACCUGCUGUGGCCGCAGGCUCGCCGUGCCUCCCUGAGGGGCAGCGCCACGGGAAAGGAAGCUAGAGCUGCACGGCGUCCCUGGACUGCAGCUCGCCGAGCGUAUUCACUGGAGGAGGAUGCUUCGUGCGAGGCGGUUGGAUGUGGCGCAGUGACGGAAGUGGUGAUGGCGUCCCUGCUUCAGGCUGGCCCCUUGCUGCGAGCCGGGGCCCGGCAGCCGCGGGUCUGGCUAGGCCGCGCACACCUGCCCGCACAGUGUGGUCCGCACAGAACAACCGGGCUGAAGAGCAGCCCUGAGAGCAGAGAGAAGCCCUGUGUCUGCCUGGGCUCCUACUUCUGUCCGUAUUUGUGUGUGUGUUUCCGCGUUCACUGUCUCCGUUGCUCUUGAGUGUGUGGCCGGGGUGGGGACACUGGGGGCACUGCUCUCUGGGGGACAGCGUGUCCCUGUCGGGAGUGUGAGGACUGCCGUGUGAGAGACACCAGCGACCACCCCAGCGGAAGACCCGUCGUCCAUAUGAGGACGGGACCUUCGUGAGUGAGCGGGAGCCGGGACCCCAGCGGCUCUGGGAAGAGCCUCGGGGGCUGUGUUUUCAGACGCCUUCCGGCACGUGGAGAUGGAUGGAGGUCUUUGAGUCCUGCUCUUGGCUCUGCUUCUCUGAGGGCCCGAGUUCCCUAGUGUUCUUUCAGAUGUGUUGGCCCCGUUCUUUAGGUGUGAGAUAGGUCUGAUCUCAGAGGUGUUUGAACACCCCCUCAGGGCUGAGUGAGGGGUCAGGAUUGAGAACGCUUCUCAGUCUACCAUGUGUGAGGGAGCAGGCUUCUAGCUCCCAGGUGCCCAGUCCCACUCACCCCUCUUCUUGCUGGGGGGCUCCCUCCCCCACCUUCUGCCUUAUCUCUGUGGCCUUGUGGGCCCUGGGAUUUCUACACGGGAGAGCAGGCACAUCGGCCCUGGGGAGGAGAGCUGCUAAGGGGCUCUGGGGUGUGGUUGGGAUGCUGUGGGGUUGCCCGGUGCCUGCGCGCUGGUGGCUGAUGGAACCCGCAGGGAUGGGAAGACGCAGUCCCCGGAGCCCCCCAGGCCGCUCCCAGUCCAGUCAGGGAGGAGCUGGGUGGAUGAGCAGUGAUCACACGAGCACACCCGAACUUCUGGCAAGCAGGCUUCCCUCCCCGAGUGGGGGCGGAGCCAGUGCGCGCCUCACGCCUAGGUCUCACACCUAGGGGAGGGAGGGCUGGUGUUGCACCGGCCAGUGUGGCUGCAGGACUGACCAGCUGGGGGACCGGGCUUUAUUCGCCGAGAUGAGCAGGGUCUCGGCUGUAGUGGUGCUCUGUGCUCCCGGUCCCCUACGGACCAUCCUGGGACCCUGGUCUCAUACAUGCACUUGGGCCUGUGGGCCUGUGGGCCUGCUGCCUGCUGGGGACUUGCUCUCUUUUCCACCUGCUGGAGGGAUGGAGGCCAGUCCCUGAACCACUGGUCUGGACGCCAUUGCGCUGUCCUAACCGAAGUCUCCAUGGUAACUAACACGGAACAUCGGCUCAGUCCAGCACCAGAGAAACUCUUCUAGUUAAGAAUAGUGUUUUCCUUUUAAACAUGAUAUUCUUCUGUGGCGAAACACUGCUUUGCUUUUUCUUUGCUAGCUUUAAUUUCCCGCUUCCCAGCUACUGUUACGUGUUUCUAGGAAUUUCUCUUUUCUCAAGCAUAUUGGUGUUCCGUCAUAGUAUAUUUUUUAUUCUUUUAACGUGUGCACACUGUUGCAGGGUGGCCUAAUGUGUAUUCCUGAUAUUUUUGUGCCGUAUCUGAUGUUCCCUUUGAUCUGUCUUCAGCUGUGCAUUCAUUUUCACAUAUUUAAAGCUUCAGAAUUGCCUUUUGUGACCAGCUCUUGUUUGUGUCUGCUCUGGUUCAUUGGCCCGUAGGCCUGGCUUGGCCAUUUCCUACCUUCUGUUUCUAGGUGGAGAAGAUGUACUUGUUUUGUGAACUUUUAAUUUUUAUCAGAUAAUAAACUUGUGUAUCUGGUUCUUUGUUUUCUCAAAUAAAAUGUAAGGCUACACA